CGAUACGGUCGGCGCCGAGGGUUAGGGUUAGGGUUGCGGUGCAGACCCCCUGCUGCCCUCCUAAAUCCUCUUCUCUCUCCCCUCUCUCUACCCCUAAAAAAAAUCGAAAAAAAUCGAAAAAAUCCCGGAAAAAAAUCGAAAAUUUGUCGAUCUAUACAAUCCUGUAUCCUUUCUAUCCCUACUACAAAAAUUUAUCAUCAAUCGAUCGAUCAAUCAAUCAGGUCGUAGCUCGAUCGUAGAAGAAGAAAGAAAAGAAAAAAAAUUCAAAAAAAAAAGGGAAGGUAGGGAUGGCGCAAGUCCAAAGCUCGGUGGCGAAUGGCGUCGUGUCGAAUAGCGGCGUUGUUGGUAGCGGGGGAGGAGGCGCUGCUGCUGCGGCGGCGGCGGCGGCGGCCGUGGGCGGCGGCGGCGGCGGUGGCGGGAGUCAGUUUCCGACGACGUCGCUGUACGUCGGAGAUCUGGAGACGAACGUGUCGGACUCGCAGCUGUACGAGCUGUUCACCCAGAUCGGGCAGGUGGUGUCCGUGCGCGUCUGCCGCGACAUCAACACCCGGCGGUCCCUCGGAUACGCCUACGUCAACUACAGCAACCCCGUCGACGCUGCGAGGGCAUUAGAAGUUCUGAACUUUACUCCCCUUAAUAACAAGCCUAUCCGUGUAAUGUACUCGAACCGUGACCCAAGCACCCGUAAAAGUGGAACUGCUAACAUAUUUAUUAAGAACCUGGAUAAGGUGAUUGACAACAAGGCGCUACAUGAGACGUUUUCUGCAUUUGGUAACAUUCUUUCUUGCAAGGUUGCCACAGAUCAAUAUGGCCAAUCAAAAGGCUAUGGUUUUGUCCAAUUUGAUCAGGAAGAGGCAGCACAAAAUGCAAUAAAUAAGUUGAAUGGCAUGCUUAUUAAUGAUAAGCCUGUUUUUGUUGGACCCUUUCUUCGGAAGCAGGAAAGGGAAAAUCCUAAUGACAAGACGAAAUUUAAUAAUGUCUAUGUCAAGAACCUAUCUGAAUCCACCACUAAAGAAGAUCUAGUAAAAAUUUUUGGCGAGUAUGGGAAUAUCACUAGUGCUGUAGUAAUGAUCGAAGCAGAUGGCAAAUCAAAGUGCUUUGGAUUUGUUAAUUUUGAGAAUCCAGAGGAUGCUGCUCAUGCAGUUCAGGAACUCAAUGGGAAGAAGUUUAAUGAUAAGGAGUGGUAUGUUGGAAAAGCUCAGAAGAAGUCUGAAAGAGAGAUGGAACUAAAAGCAAGAUUUGAGCAGACUAUGAAGGAAACGGUGGACAAGUAUCAAGGGCUGAACUUAUACUUGAAGAAUUUGGAUGAUAGCAUUGGGGAUGAUAAGCUGAAGGAAUUGUUCUCGGACUUCGGUACAAUUACCUCAUGCAAGGUUAUGCGUGAUCAAAAUGGUGUUAGUAAAGGAUCUGGAUUUGUGGCAUUCUCAGCUGCUGAAGAAGCCUCUCGAGCUUUAAUGGAGAUGAAUGGGAAAAUGAUAUGUGGAAAGCCACUAUAUGUUGCGCUUGCACAGCGCAAGGAAGAUAGAAAAGCGAGGUUGCAGGCACAAUUUUUACAGAUGCGCCCUGUAGCAAUGGCACCUGCUGUUGCUCCUCGUGUACCGAUGUAUCCUCCUGGUGCUCCAGGUCUUGGACAGCAACUAUUUUAUGGUCAAGCUCCACCAACUCUCAUUCCUCCUCAGCCUGGAUUUGGCUUCCAGCAACAACUUGUCCGUGGAAUGAGGCCUGGGGGUGGUCCUAUGCCGAAUUUCUUUGUGCCAAUGGUCCAACAAGGUCAGCAAGUUCAACGGCCGGGUGGUCGACGUGCUGGAGCCGGACCUGUGCAACAAACUCAGCAACCUAUGCCUCCUAUCCAACAACAGCAGAUGCUUCCAAGGGGCGGACGUGUCUUCCGCUAUCCUCCCGGUGGACGCAACAUGCCUGAAGUUCCUCCUAUGCCCGGUGUCCCUGGAGCGAUGCUUUCUCCGUACGACAUGGGUGGCUUCCCAGUUCGUGAUGCUGCCAUUCCCCAACCUAUCCCUAUUGGGGCUUUGGCUUCCGCCCUUGCAAAUGCCUCUCCUGAUCAGCAGCGCACGAUGCUUGGAGAAAGCCUUUAUCCACUUGUUGAGCAGCUGGAACGCGACCAUGCAGCCAAAGUGACAGGAAUGCUGCUGGAGAUGGACCAGACAGAGGUACUGCACUUGCUGGAGUCGCCGGAAGCUCUGAAGUUGAAAGUAGCAGAAGCCAUGGAGGUUCUGAGGAGCGUUGCGCAGCAGCAGCAGCCAAAUGCACCUGCGGAUCAAUUGGCUGCUCUCUCUCUCAAUGACGGCAUUAUCUCUUGAGUCUUAUGCAUGAUUACUUAAAAAGAGUUCGACUAUGGGAUUUCGUUUAGUAUGAGAUUUGGAACAAGUGGUAUUCUGGAUUAUUUUGUUGUUGUUGGUUUUGGACUAGAACUUGCUUGGGUAUUUGGUAGAUUGUGGAGUCAGUUUAGGUUUUUAUUGUCAGCUAUCCUAUGCGUUAUUUAGGUGGUGUUAUUGGAUUCUGUGGUUUUAUUUAACUAUAUUUUGCGACGACUAUGUGCCUCUUA